ACUAUUGAAGCAGAUGGCUGGAUCUUUUGGUGGAGCUCAGACUAGCAAAAAUAAAACACAAAUCUGUGUGAAGUAUGACUGCAUGAUGCUGCUGAUAGACCAGCUAGCUCGGUCAGAGAUGAGGCUGUGAAACUGUGCCAGGCCUGGACCCUGGAGAAGGAGGCGGAGGAGGCACUUGCUGGGUGCACCAUUUCCAACAAGGAUUGCGUGCGGUCUCUUGUUCGCGAGCAAAUGUAGUGUCACCAUUGCACCCAUAGCCUAGUCCAGCAGUACAGUAGCGUUCAAUCAGCGCUCAGUGAGUCAAACACUCAAACACUCUCCUAGAAGUGGAUUCGGUAAUCCUGGAUUGACUGAGAUCAAAGAAACUAGCCGACUCAAUGUGUACCUGCUCGCCAGAUAGAGCGCAGUUCUUACCGCCAGACGCAACACUAAUCUCCACAUCAGUCCGGGUUGGCUGAUCCGGAUAGCGCCGGCGGAGCAAGCAGCAGCAGCGGCAAGCGGCCAACACGGGUCAAAGCAUACUCACGCAAUGACUAUGGCAAUGGCGAGGUCAUUGACGCACCUUGUUCUCGUGUGUCUGCUGGCGUUUGGCCCUGAACGCCUGGAGGCAAAUAACAGCAGCACACUAGCAGCACCAAUCGUCCCCAGCCCUAGCAACACCACCGCCUUGCCAACCAGCCCUAGCAACACCACCACCUUGCCAACGGCGACUUUCCCUAGCAACAGCACCAUGUCGCUAACGGCAACUACCCCUAGUGACAACACCACAAUACCUACAGACAGUCCGGUCUUCUUGCCAGUGAGUGCAAAUACAACUCUGCCAGCCGACGUUUUCCCCACUAAUGACACACUCGGAGAAUCUACAAUUAGUGAGACAGCAACUAGUGAUGAUUGCCGUCUGUGCCCAGCACUACUGAAUUUCACCGGCAUCAUCACACCAGCAGUGCCACAGAAUGUCUGUGUGGAAAGUAACUUCCAAUUGUCGUGCCCAGCUGGAUAUGAGUUGAUCAACAAGGACAAGAGCUUGUUGAGCCUAACCGUGAGAUGUGUAGAGAUCGACCAGGAUGACUACCGGUGGUACGUAGCGUCGGAAAACUGGUCACCAGUGAACAUGCUUCCAGAGAGGUGCUUUCUCAUUACCUGUGAUACGCUGGACAUUGCCGACUCCAACAUCAGCCAGAUUGACCGAUUCAUGUACGACAGUCCGGUCGGUGUGAAGUGCAAUGAUGGAUAUCUCCUGAACGGUACGGCUACGCUGGAAUGCUCCAUGGAUGGGUCAUGGCCAGACACUCUGCCAUCGUGCAGACUAGCGACCUGCUCCCAGUCGGAGUACAUGGGCGCGAACUACGACCUAUCGCUGACAUCACCAGUACAGAGUGAGUACAACUAUCUGGACAUGAUAACAGUAGUAUGUGCUCGUGGGCACGUCCUCAGCACCGACAAUAGAGUCAACGCAACAUUCACGUGCGGCGCAGACGAGAACUGGAUUUCUCUAAAUGAUGGCGUGGGAAAAUGCGUACCCCUCAAGUGUGAUGCACUGGCAGUUUCGCAGCUGCUACUAGUGCAGAAUGACACGGGUAACACGCUAGAAUACGGCAUGGUGGUGAGCUUCAGCUGUGAGGCAGGCUACACAUUGAAUGGAAGUCAGAGCUCGACGUGCUUGGAAACUGGUGAAUGGUCACAUGCGGCGCUACCAGAAUGCAAGAAAACCAUGUGCGACGGUAACCUAAACCAGACACAGAUACCAGCCGAUGUCGACGACUUCUUCUGCCACUGCUUGGAUGGGCAACGGCCAAUCAAUGGCUCUACGCACACGCACCGACUCGGCAACGGGCAGUGGAAUGACAGCAUUGCAGUGUGCGGCUGGAUCACGUGCCGGGCGUUGGAUGAGCUGCAGAACGGAACGGUGUUCAACUACACUGGCAUUGCCGCACGCGUCAACUCCACAGUGGAUGUCGCCUGCGAUGAAGGGUUUGUGCUGCAAGGCUCCAGUAAUAAGACUGUUUGCCAAAGCUCGGGAAAAUGGCGACCACAGCCUGACUGGACAUGUACAAGAACUUGUGGAGAACCAGCGGCAAUUGCCAACGGAUCGCACCAGGGCGGUUUCAAUGCCGGCGACCGGGUCCUGUAUGGCUGUAACCAUGGGUACUACAUCACCGUCACCAAGAACACCUCAACGGUGAUCGUGUGCGGUGCGGACGGCGUCUGGAGUGCCGAUACAGCACCGGCCUGUGUAUACAUUGAGUGCGGUCAGGUCAAUACCACGGACAGCCACCUGGAAGCCAGCAGGGCGGGAUCAGGUGCAAACAGCACCGUGCACUAUUCAUGCAACAACACCUACGUUCCAGACACAUCGAGAUCCACGUGCGUGGGAAACGGAACAUGGAAUCCACUGCCAGAGAAAGUCAAGUGCAUCGAAGAUACAUCACGGCUGCGGUCAAUGCUCCUCUACAUUGUGAUUCCAAGCGUACUAGGCUCCACGUUCCUUCUCAUCGCCAUUGCUGUUCUCUGCUACAAGUGUGUCAUGUGGAGGAGGGAAAGGUCUCGUGGCAGUGCUGACAACGAAUUGCUCAUAGGAUCACAUACGGGCACUGGAAGAAGAUCCACACUGACAGGUCCAGUUGGAUGGCUCUAUGAGAACAAACCUAUACGGCUGGAUAUGCCCGUUGUACGACCCGGCGCCUCAUCGGGCGGUUCACACCACACGUCCAGGACACAUCCCACUGGCAUCGGCGUAGGCAAUGCCCUAGAACUAGUUGACACGAGCCACCUGCGCCAGGAAUUUGACUCGGCCGUAACGCUGACAACAACACUACCAUCAGAUCAUGACAGUAACGCAGAGCCGUUGCAGUUUGAUGAAGAUCAGUUAGCGCUCUUCUCCAAGCAUCAUUCUGACCCGAUGGAGAAUGCCCUGGCUGCCGAGCUUGACGACCUGAUACGCACACAGCCGAGCAGACGCAUGCGUAAACGGGAUCCCCAGCUACGAGGCAGCGAGUCAGACGUCUCGUCUCACUUCCCGUCCGGCACAGUGUCCUCACUGUCGCGGGCCGGAUCACAAGUCAGCAAUGCCACCACGCAGAGAAACUCAUCUCUGUCGCAUCGCAGUGUGACGGCUGUGAGUUUAGACAGCGAUAGCGACUCUGCAAUAUUCACCACCGCGCACAGGCAAUCAAAGAGACAGUCCCACCAGCAGCAGCAACAGCAGCAGCAGCAGCAGCAGCAGUCCACCGAGGUCAACCCAUACAAGCUGACAGACAUCACUAGCAAUGACAUACAGAGCUACUCCGGAGAUGAUGAGCAGCAGCCUGCAAGGAAGCAAAGACGACAAUCCUCCAUCAAAGACCUCAUCCAGCGCUACGACGCGCCAAGCAAGGGAAGUCCUACAGUGCUGAAAGUCCUUGCAACGGCUGAUGAAAUCUCAGAGGCGUACGAUACACCCAGUGCCCUACCGAGACAAGUCACGCAAGACUCACCCCGCCCCGGAAUCGAUGCGACUGCCAAGAGACGCACAAUAUCCGACAAUCUGCCACCGCUGCCGAAAGACAACCACCCGCUAUCCAAAUUAACACAGGCCGGCUCCAACAAAGACUUGGCAGCAUCUGCGGGCAGUGAUGUAGCACUGAGCAGCGAUGACGAGCGAGUCAACGGCGGCUACGAAGACCUGAAAACCGUGCGUGGCCAGGUGCACGACACCCAGGCCCAAGGUGCAGCAGCGGCAGGUGAGAAGUCGCUGAAAGAAAUGCUAGACGACGAUGACGACGGAGAGAGCAACACUGAUUCAGACGGUACAAGGUACGAACGUCUGGAGCAGCACGGCGGGGCCAAGCAGAAGACAGUGAAGCCGUACGAAGACCUGCAGAAGAUCAGGCAGCAGCUUGAGGAGGAGCUCAUCGAUGACGACAUUGUGCCGUACGCAAGAGUACCACCCAUGUUUGCAGAAAUGCUGCGCUCAGAUGAGGACCUGGAGUUGGCCAGCCACGACGAUGCGCAGCCGUACGCACGCGUACCCCAGAUACUGAGCAUUCUCAGCUCAGAUGACCGGGAAACAAUUAACACCGUGCACACAGCAUCUUCUUUCCGAGGCCGCACACUGGAGCGUUUCAGUGACGACGAGGGUAUCAGUACAGAUAACACCACGCGAGCAGAGCAGUCCGAGGGAAGUCAAACUGAACUCAAACAGCAAUUGGAAGUGAUCAUCGACCAGCCGCAGCGCGAAGGAGAGAGAACGCCGCCAUACGCCAAGAUACGAGUGACUACAAAGAAGAGAUCUUCGGCCACAAUACCUCCGCCCGGUACGGUAUCUGCAUUCAUUGCAGCACGGCGGGAGAGUUUCGGCAAUGAUAGCGGCCUCGCGGACAGCGAGGACAGCAGAAGCAAGAAUUCAUCAUCUCAGCGCCGUCCAGGACAGUGGCGCAAAGUGCUCAAAGAGCAGUCGAGCAGUGACGAGAGUGACGCAGAAACCAAGCACAAAAAACAGCAACAGCAGCAGAAGAGACGCACGGUAACUGCUAACGUCACUGCACCAGCGGCAGCCUCACCAGAAAAACCGGAAGUAGCAACAGCAACAGUGUCAAAAGAAGAGGCAAUUGCAGCAGCAAAGAAAGAGCGAAGUAUCACGCUGAGCCUGACGGCACUGCGCCCAGAGAGGUUCGAUUCACCAGUGAACACGCCCGAGGUGCCAAGACGCACAUUUGCCAGGCGCAUCCUCGACCACAACACAAAGAGAUAGCAUUGCCAGGCGUAUCCUUGAACACAAAAUAAAGAGAUAUGGGUUUGCUAGGAGUAUCCUGGACUACAAUGCCAAGAGACAGCUGCAAAGCACAUAGCAAACCUCCCUACCUACACGUCUAGCAUGUGUAACUACAAUUGAAUCAACACAUUUACUUUUUCUAGAAGAGAUUGAUUAACCCGAACAGUCAUGUUCUUGAACUUCACAGUACGUAACAGUAUAGUAGAACUGCUCCAACCCUACAUCGGAGAUUGAGUUACCUCUAACACUGCAAAUCUCAUGAGAAAAGUUCACCAACACAAUGGCUGUAUUGAUGCCAACAUACAGAGACUGCCUCGCAGUGAAAACCUAUUGUUGAAGAAGGCAUCCCGACAUAACCUUA